UGAGCCAAUCAGACGGUUGUCGCAUCGACCAGUUUAGUACAGUCGUGACUGUCGUACGGCGAAGUUUCAAACACGGAGAUCAAUUCUUGCGGUGUCUAGGUACAGUUUUAGGGUCAUCACCUACAAAGGUUUAUCCGACAUGUCGACCAAUGAGGGCCAGCUUUCCAACGGGCAACCCGGAAAGAGACUGUCCAAUAUAAGCGAGGAACGGAGCACUCCGGGUAGCACUCCUCCCGAGACCAAGAGGAUGGCAACGGGCGUCAGCGGGCCUUCUGUAGCCAACGGGCGGGUGCCCUCGAGCCCCACCCCGAAGACCUACGCUGGGGCGUACGAGCCGAGCUUGACCGUGAACAUCCGUAACAUCGAAGCGGACGUGGUGUACGGUGCGGUGGGAGAGACUCACAUGUGUCUCAAAGUUCUCAAACUCGUUCUUUCCAUCCUGAUCGGAUUAAUCGUUCUCGGGUGUCUUACUGUAAGCAGAUUGUCGAUCAUUGGUAUCACCAAGACAUUCCGCAACCAAUCUUUAAGAUGGAGCGAGGACGAGUUCACGGACUUGUGCGAAAACGACGGAAACUUCACGGGAGAAAAAGAAGUAAAAGAAAUGGAGUCCACGGUACUUAUGAUGGAAUACAUAUUGAUGUUCCCAUACGGAGUGUCUUUCUUCCGGAGCGUUUGGAAUGGAGCGUUCCAGGCCUCCAUGCCAUGGCCACAUGCAAAAGCCGCAGUUCUGGGCGUCGUCCUGAGUUUCCUCGAAGUGUUCGGGCUGUGCCUCUUCACUCUCCGGGUCAUGCCGUCUGUCCACCCCUCUAUCAGCCUAGUCCUGUCCAACGGCAUCUUCUUCGUACCCAUCAUAUUGCAGGUUGUGAAACACUCCAUCAAACUGUCCAAGGUCCGGAUAAGGAAACACCUGGGCCUGUUCUUCUACAUCCUCGCGUCGAUCAUCCUCGCGUUAGCAUGUGGAACAUUAGUGGUGUGUUGGUGCGUGUUUCGCAGGUGGGAGAUAGCGGACAACAAGUGGGAGAUACCGGUAUCUCUACUGUCCCUCUCCGUCGCCUGGGCGCCGCUUCUACAAGAGUACCAGACAGGAGAAGGCACUGAAACCGACAAUACCGAAAACACAGCCCGAUCCAAGAAGAAAAGCAGGGCGCAAGAUGUUGCGGUAGAAGACCCAGACGGUAUCUUCUUUGGCAGGCAGAAGAGCGAAGUUGUCGUACAAACUGUGGACCAUCUUGGAAGCAACGUCAAGGAGAACGCCAGGUGGAAAAUGGGGAUCAUCAACAACUUCUUCAAGCUCAUCUUUGUGCUCCUUGUUCCAGAAGCCUUGAGGGUGCUUCGGUUGGUAGACAUCUGUUCACCUUGGGUGUGGACAAAGCUGGAUCUGUACACGGAGUGGGCAAACAUGUACAGCAUGAGUCACCUGUACACCACAAGUCAACCGGCUAUCACCAACUUUAUCGUGAAUGUGUGUUGCAGUUUCAGCGGGUACGUGCUAGCAUGGAUGGCGUGCACCAUACGGAUGCAGUUCUUUGGAUUCGCCCUCCCACUAUGCAUAGGAACCAUCGUUGCAUUCACAAUAACGUAUGUCCAGCCCCUGUGUGAGUUCGUGACGUUCAUUCCUGCGGAAACAUGCACGGAAAACCUGGAUCAGCUGAUGUGGGACGUACCUGUGGCUGCAGGUCUUCUACUCAUCCAGUUCCUGUCUACGACCUGGUUCGUCAUGAGGAGCCCUACUAUCGUCAUGGAAAGGGAAGCGAGCUUGUUCUGGUUGCCCGGGUACAGUGGGGUGUUUCCCGAACAGUGGCUGCUGCUCAGCCGUAAGAACAGGAACACUAAGAGCGAGGACUUCGUGGUGCAAAAGAGAACACGGCAAAACGCGCACGUCUACAUCUGUACUACAAUGUACCACGAGGCUGAACAUGAGAUGGAGCAGCUCCUGACAUCCCUACGGGGGAUAGCGGAGAGCCAGGUGGGGGAGCGGACCUUCGAGUCCCACAUCUUCUUCGACGGAGGCUGUAAGCAGGGUCAGCCGUCACAGUGGGCUCUGCAGCUGCUGUCGCUCAUGGAUCACACACUAAAGGAUGGCAACAGCAAGGAAAGCAUCAUUAACCAGUGCACGAAAUACAAGACUCCAUACGGACUGCAGCUACACUGGGACCUGCACUAUGACAACGGAGAUACCGAGAGCGGCAUGAGCUUCAACAUUCAUCUCAAGGACAACACACUGGUAAAGAACAAGAAAAGAUGGAGCCAGGUGAUGUACAUGUCUUACGUCUUAGACUAUGCAGUGUACUUCAGCCCAAUCGGUGUUGAGUCCAAGGCGAUACCAGACACCGAUAUGAAGGCCACCUCUGUACUGGGCCAGGACAGUUUUAACGGACCGCACAGAGCCAGGCUCCACAUGAAGCGGGAUGCUAACGGUGGGGGCGGGUGGACAGCCGGGGAGUUUAAUGACGAUCAGUACCUACAGAUAGACCUGGGAGAAGAAAUGGUGUUCACAGGAGUUAUAACACAGGGCAAGGCAGGUACGAACGAGUGGGUAACGAAGUACCGACUGCUGUACAGCGACGACGGCGAGCUGUGGCAGUACUACAAGGACGAUUCCGGGCAGCCUGCGGAGUUUGCGGGAAACCGUGACGCCGAUACCCCCGUACGUCAGCUGCUGGAUAAGCCAAUCACAACCCGUUUCGUCAGUUUCAACCCCGUCCAAUGGGCCAAUCGGAUCAGCAUGAGAGUGGAGGUGCUUGGAUACUCUGCUACCGACAAAGACAGGGACAACUUCAUGCUCGCUACCGACGCAGACGUCAAGUUCUCUCCCCAGUCCGCUAAAGCCCUGCUGGACAUCAUGACACGUGACCCUAACGUGGGUGCCGUGUGCGCGCGGACUCAACCCCUGGGGUCCGGACCCAUGGUGUGGUACCAGAUGUUCGAAUACGCCGUGGGACACUGGUUUCAAAAAGUAGAGAAAGGCUGGCGGCUGGAGUACACGGCUGUGUCCGAGGACAGCACCUACUGUCCGGAGGAGUUUGAUGAGUUCUUCAACCAGAGGAGACGGUGGAUCCCCUCAACUGUCGCCAACCAGCUGGAACUGCUGCGGAAAUGGGCGAACGGACAGAUGAUCAACGACUACGUCUCCAGGCUCUUCAUACUGUAUCAGGGCUUUCUGUUGUUCUCUACCAUGAGUGGACCGUCUACUGUUAUCCUCAUCAUAGCUGACAAAGACCGGGACAAUUUCAUGCUGGCGACCGACGCUGAUGUCAAGUUCUCGCCCCAGUCCGCUAAAGCCCUGCUGGACAUCAUGACACGUGACCCUAACGUGGGUGCCGUGUGCGCGCGGACUCACCCCCUCGGGUCCGGACCCAUGGUCUGGUACCAGAUGUUCGACUACGCCGUGGGACACUGGUUCCAGAAGAUGUGA